AUGGACUUUUCACCAAGCAAGACGUUGUCCCAAUCCCUCAUCGAGUCGACAGAGACGCAGUCGGGCCAUGUUCGGAAGCCCACGCCAACUCUUCUUCCGGCCUUCGGCGAAGACGGGCCAUUCUCUUCAUCGCCAUUUCCACGCCCAACAUCGUCGAAACGCAAGUUCGAAGAGGACUCGCCCAGCUUCCCCAAGCAGCUGAAGUACUACCCCACCCCGCAGCCCACGUCGUCGACCAACAUUAUUUCCUCGUCGCCCCGCCAUGCCCGACCGGGCUUCGAACGCACCUUUUCUGCUCUGUCGGAGAGGACCCCACUCGGUGCUGUGCCCACCCUUGAUCUCCCCGCAGAUGGCGAGAUCGUGAGGAUGGGCCGAAGCUCAAAUACUUCCGACUACCAGCUCUCUACCAACCGUCUAAUCUCACGCGUCCACGUCCAAGCGGCCUACCACGCGCCAAGCCCACCGUAUCCGCAUGGAUACAUCGAAGUUGAAUGUCUGGGAUGGAACGGAGCGAAGAUUCACUGCAAAGGACGCAUCUUCGAGCUGAGCAAGGGAGACACGUACAUGUCAGAGAAUCCCGAGACGGCCAUCAUGUUGGAUGUACAGGAUACUCGCGUCAUGAUUGCCUGGCCAUCUAUCCCUGUAUCGAAGUUCUCUUGGGAAUCUGAGGAAGAAGGCAUGCCUACUCCGACUCGUAACCGUACCCAAGAAAACUUCCAUUCCAGCCCUCCUGUCGUGCCACGGUCGCCAGUCUCUCAGAGCCCGAUCCGCCCUCCCGUCUUCGCCGGCCUUGGCACAAACGCGCAGUCCGGUCCCGUUCAAGUAUUCGAGGAUGCCGACGCUAGUGCAGACAGCCCUAGCGUUGACACCCCAGACUCUGCAGACCAGACCUUUAUCCGGCCCUCUCUCCCAAGCUCCAGAACCAGCCAUGAAGUUCGUCCUGUUGUCGACACCAAAGAGAGUGUCAACUUCACUGCCGACGACUUCUCUGACAACGAUGAAGAAAACGAUCCUGUUGUACACUCAUUCGGGCCCUUCGGUCAGAACCUGCUCAACGGUAUGGCCUCGUUCAACACAGCUACGCCAACACAGUCCAACCCUCCCCGUAUGCGCGGACCUUUACUGUCACCAUCCCCCAAACGUCCCGUUACUGAGCCUAUCCGAUUCAAAGAGUCGCCGAUAAAGAACCAUGUCAUUAACCAAUUGGCAUUCUCUCGCAUCCAUUCCCAGCCGCUCUCCGCCAUCCACAGCAACCUUCCCGCUGAAUUGAAGGCUUGCGUGACAAAGAGUACAGAUGGCAAGGACGAUGAGGGUAACGGCACAUCCACACACCUCCCCCAGCUCUCUAGACAAGAACUGAAGAGGAUUCUGGACGACACUCCCUGUGUCGGUGAGAUUCCCCGUGCCGGUAAGGAUGCUGCUGGCCAACCACUUGAGAACGAGUUCUACUAUGUUCCAGAGAUGGACUCCAACCAGAUGAGGCGCGAGACCAUCACCGCUGGCACACGCAGCACUGGACUACGGUCUGUUAGGAAGACACACAAGCAAUAUUACUGGAAGAAGCCUCGCGUUUAA